CCAAAUACCAGUUUUUCAAGCACCGAUUUAAUGGAGAUUUAGAAAAGUGAAACUUAUCAAAUCUAUAAAAAUUAAAAAAAAAAAAGAAAAGGAACAGCGGUUUUGUUUAUUUGGCAGUAAUAAUCUUGGAAUAACAUUAAAACAAUAAACAAUAAACUCUAAAGAUAAAAAAAAUUAUUGCCUUUCCUAGUAGUAGUCAGUAAACAAAGAGGAAAAAACCAAAUACAGGCAAAGCGAAAAGUCAACAAGGGCAAGCUCUUGCCUUUUAAUGUGAAUCAAAGAAUUAGGCAAUUCAAGUCUUAUACAGCUGUGGCUUUUUGUUUUCUUAAGUUUCUUGGGAAUUGGGUGUUUUGGUGGAUCGGUUGAGGAAUACUUGGAAAAAAAAGUUUGCUUUCUUUUAGAUGUUGAGUGCUAGCAAAAGGAGGUGAGAAGUCUGGAGACGGUUGAAUUAUAUGGAUAACCUAUGUUGCUUCAACUCUGUUUAUUCUCAGGUUGUUGGAGGACGUUCUUCAUGUAGCUCUGGAAAGGGCAGAAGCCAGCAAGGCCCUGUCAAGUAUGGCUUCACCCUAGUUAAAGGAAAAGCAAAUCAUCCAAUGGAGGAUUAUCAUGUUGCAAAGUUUGCUCAACUUCAAGGACAUGAACUUGGACUUUUUGCUAUAUAUGAUGGCCAUCUGGGAGAUAGUGUACCUGCCUAUUUGCAAAAGCAUUUGUUUUCCAAUAUCUUAAAGGAUGAGGAGUUUUGGACUGAUCCAAUCAGGUCCAUCUCAAAAGCUUAUGAGAAGACAGACCAGGCAAUUCUCUCACACAAUCCUGACUUGGGACGAGGGGGAUCCACUGCUGUCACUGCAAUUUUGAUAGAUGGGCGCAAAUUAUGGGUAGCCAAUAUUGGAGAUUCACGUGCUGUUCUCUCAAAGAAAGGGCAAGCCAUACAGAUGAGUAUUGAUCAUGAGCCCAACACAGAGCGGGGAAGCAUUGAGAACAGAGGUGGCUUUGUCUCAAACAUGCCAGGUUAUUUGACAAGAGAUGUUGCAAGAGUAAAUGGUCAACUUGCUGUUUCUCGUGCUUUUGGAGACAAGAACCUUAAAUCACACCUCCGGUCUGAUCCUGACAUACAAAAUGCUGAUAUUGCCUCGGAUACUGAACUUCUCAUCCUUGCAAGUGAUGGACUAUGGAAGGUCAUGUCCAAUCAAGAAGCAGUUGAUAUUGCAAAAAAGACCAAGAACCCGCAGAGGGCAGCUAAACAGCUAGUGGUGGAGGCAUUGAACAGGGAGAGUAAGGAUGAUAUCUCCUGUAUUGUAGUUCGUUUCAAGGGGUAAAUGUAGACUGAAUGCUACGGAAGAACAGUUCCUCAAUUGCAUAAGGUACGAAUCAAUGUGCAAACACCAUGUAGCAAUCUCAUGAAAUGCAUCAUGGUGAAAAUGUGUAAAAUUAGAAGUUGUAGCACUUAGGGUCGUGCGGCUUGAUAUUUGCUUGAUUUCUUCAAUUUGUAGAUUCGUUCCAUCAUUUUUCUGUAUAAUUUGAAUUGCAGCUCCGAAGCCAUUGAGAUUACCUGGAUUUCUAUAGAACUGUAUGGCUGCAUGCAGUCACUGUAGUAGCAAAAUAUUAAGUAUAUUAUUUGGUUGAAAAAGCUACAACCUGUUGGACCAGCUUCUUCUCUUUGGGUUAUUAAUAAUAUGAAAAAGAAAAUGGGUCUUUAAAUUCUCUCUACAAGCUUGGUAUGCGA